CGGGCAACAGCGUGAGACUCUUGUCUCAAAACAAGAACAAAAACAAAAACAAAAGAUUCUGCAUGUCUAACUAACUAGCUGCCAGAAGAUGCCGGUCCUGGCCCCUGUUUCAGGCUGGGGCCAAAGGACAGCCUGCCGGGGGAUCCGGGCCUUCACCCCCGCAGACACCCGCCCGUGGUUGCUAGAUCUACACUCGUGACAGUUCGGAAUGGCCCAGUGUGUUUGUUUCUUGCAAACAACUUAUGUUUUGAGCAUGGACCAUGUAGGCUCGCCCACCUGGUACAGAGUGUUGUUUGCCUAACAGAGGGCAGGCCCUUCAGAAUCAGGAAGUCAUGCCUGAGGAGACUGAAACUGAGGAGACAGAAACGGUGAUCUCUCUAGGAGGUCUGCAUUUAAGAAGACAAAAGGACAUUCACAAAUUGGAGAUAAUUUAAUAAGAAUGCUUUUCGGGAUUCCUGGACGCAGAAACCAGAAGUUACAGUCGAGAUUAGUUCCAACUGGAUUGUUCUCAGGCUCGGAGAGUGGUGACUUGGACUGCACCCGACACCCCACCGCCACCAGCGGCUUCUCCACCCGGCAUCGCCACCGCUGGGCCCCGGCGCGGUCUGCCCAGCCCCUGCGGCCUUCCAGAUGCCUCCGCGUGACACGCGAGCUCCGCGGUUCGGGAUGCCGGAACCAGCCAGCCGGGGCAACCUGCCCGAUUACCAGCCUUUCUCCACCACCGACCUGCGGAAUUGGAAACGCCACACCGCGUCCUACUGGGAGAAACCGCAGGCCCCCGUCGGGCCCCUGGCGUCUGCCUUCCAGACUCACCGCCCGCGUGGAAGGCUGCCGGCGACUGCCGCUGGCCCUCUGCAGCCCGAGGGCCGCGUCGCAUGGCGGCUGGACUCGGGAGUGGCUGCAGGGGCGGGGCCGGGCCGCCCGAUGUGGCGCAGUGGCCACGAGCCGCCCGAGAUUCCGCGCACCAGGCGGACAGCGGCCCUGGAGCCUGCGAGAGGCUCUUCUCCAAGGAGUGCAGGAAGGGGCCAAAAAGCCGCCCAACGUGAGCAAGGUCGCCCUAAUCACCCGGAAACCAGGGGAGCCACCGUGCGACGUGUACGAGCGCCCCUGUGAGGCGUCCGCGUAGACACACCCAUCGACCGCAGGCAGCCGGAAACCAGAGAACGGUGAGCGCAGCGUCCGCCGGGCCUCGGCCUCCCACACCCGCAGGAGCCGCGGAGACCGAAGGGCCCGCAGGCGAGCGCGUCUCGCAGUUAACGGAGGCGGCCCACCAGGUGUACGUCAACCGGGACCGCACCGCUCAGAGGGAGGAAGACCCGAGGAUGGAGAAAAAGGCCGCCCUCCUGGCAGCUGCCCUCGGUAGACCCGACCCGUCCAGGCGGCCCAGACCCCCACGAAAGGGGGAACCUGAGGACGGGCACCCCUGGCGGGAGACCAGUGUGCCAGUUGCAAGGGGUUCGGCCACUGGAACAAUGAAUGUCCCCACAAGAGAAGUCACCUGUUCCAAGGGAGGGCCCGGUUCGGGACUAUCCAACAGGAACCGGAAGCCCAGGAGCCGGUGGGGCUCGCUGGCAUUGACUCCGAGUCACGCCAACCGGGUUCCUUCACUCGUGGCCCUCGGGAACCCACGGUCAAGACGAAAGUAGGGGGCCAACAAAUGACAUUCAAGGUGGACACUGGAGCAGAACACUCGUUGUGACAACCCCCGUGGCCCUGCUUACAAAGCGGGAAACGACUAUAGUCGGAUCUACCGGGACUCGGGUAGCCAGACCCUUCUGCCAGUCCCGGGUAUGCCAACUGGGGGCCAUCAGACAAGGCACGCGGUCCUCCACACGCCAGACUGUCAGUGCCUCUCUUGGGGCGGGACCUGCUGAGCAGGUAUGAGGCAGACGCCAUCCAGAGGACCGAGGAGCUGGAGGAGGCCAAACAGGAGCAGGCGGAGAAAGAUGAGGAGCGCGCUGACCUGAGGCGCAGCCACCAGCGGGCAGUGGGGGCCCUGCAGGCCUCCUGGGUGCUGAGACCCGGCCCGCAGUGGAGCACUGAGGCUCCAGGAGAAGAUGGAGGGGGACCUCAGUGGCCUGGAGCGCAGCUGGGCCACGCUACCCGUCGGGCCACGGAGGCCCAGGCGGCUGAAUGCUGCUGCAGGCCGCGCGGAAGGAGGAGCAGGCAGGGCGGGAAGAGGAGUGGCGGCUGAGCCCCGCGAGCAGGCGCAGGCCCUGGGGCGCCGGCCGCGCAGCUGGCUUCGGAGCUGGAGGAGCCGCGGGCUGCGCGGGAGCAGGGCGAGCACAGCCGGCGGCUGGCGGAGCAGGAGAGCUGCUGGAGGCCACCGAGCGCCUCGGCCUCCUGCAUUCGCAGAACGCAGGCCUCUGAACCAGGAGACGCAGCUCGAGGCGGGGUUGGCCCGGCUGAGUGGGGAGGUGGAGGAGGCUGCCCAGGGGAGGAGGGAGGCAGAGGAGAAGGCCAAAAAGGCCAUCACCGACCGAUGCCGCCAUGAUGGCUGAGGAGCUGAAGAAGGAGCAGGACACACGUGCACACCUGGAGCGGAUGAAGA